UUGUAAAUAAAACGAAAAUUCUUCAAAUAUAUUUUUAUAUUAAUGUACGAUACCCGCGUAUAAACACAUUUAAAAUGGCGCCUAAUAAGUUUAUGUACACUCCUCUUCCGGAAGAAAGGGAAGCUAGCGAUAAUAUGCAACCACAGUUUAUUGACAUGCUAAAAUGGGCAGAACAUUCUGUUGAGCAGUUCGGCACAGAGGAUGUGAAGUUUGAAGAUAGCGAGGAUUGGGCAGUGAUAUUGGCCACUUUUGAGAUCACUUGGGUUAUGCUAAUCAUCACGAUAGCAGUGCCAUUGAUAGGGUUAAUUUAUCUGUUACUUCGCUGCCAAGGAUAUCUAAACCCAACCAAAGAUUAUACUGAGAAAAUUUAUCAAAAAUGUAUACGUUGGCUUCUAAUACUACUAAUGCUGAUUCUAUUAGCGGCAAUUCUAUAUUUUCUAAUCUCGUCUAUAACGAGCAGUCUUGCCUUGAAUCCUAUACAAAAUGAGAAAAAAAAGAAGCUGCAUGUUACAGAUCGAAGACUAGAUCACGUUUUAGUUUUCAACUAUCAAGAGUUCAAAAAUAAGACUUAUCGCAGUGCGAAUGAUUUGAUUGAUAACUCGCUUCGAGCGUCGAAUGUGAAUGAUGUGCCAGAAACUGCAUGCCCACCUGCCAAUGAUAUCGAGGGUGUAAAAGAGAGAAUCCAGAAUAUAAAUAAAGAAUUCGAGUUGCUGUGCAUAGAAGUAUUGAUAUGGACUGACUAUAUGCGAUUUUUUCAUCGUAAUAUGUCUACAAACCUGUUACAAAUGGAUUUGGGUUCGACGCUAUUAGUGGAUUUGGAUUUUAGUAAUUUUAUAGAGCGGUCGCUGCAAGUGGAUGCGCUAUUGAAUUUCCAUAGCACCUUCAGUUUUGUGGAACGAUUUUUCAAUUCAUAUUCGUUACUCUACAAUACCACAACGCAACUGCCGGAUGCAAUGCAAAAUAGAAUAAUAAAUGUACUGUCCCCGUAUUUUCUAGAGGUUGAAAAUGAUUUAAAAGAAAAAGGUCAAACAUUUCGAUCACUUUCAACGAAACUUGGGCAGGACCGAGCUGAAGACAGAUCAGAACAGAGCAAAGGAAAUUGGAGGUCAAAGAAACCACUAUGGGUUUAUGUCUGGGAAUGGAUAUGCUAUCUAAUAGUUAUAUUGAUUGCCCUUAUAUUAUUAGUUGCAUCCUUACUGAGAUGCUUCGGUAAGCGCUAUAGAAAUGAAGCCGAAUGCUGCAAUCAAGAAAAUGGUUCCAUACUUUUUCAAUUGGCGGCAUUUCUAAUAUGCAUAUUUUUUCUCAUCGCCCUUUUACCAUUUCUGUGGAACUUCGUCCAUGGUGUUGGCCUUUACAAUGGUGUUUGUUGGAAACUUGGAACAAAUCGACAAAAGCGAGCAAUUGAGGUUGACGCCACACAUAGCGACACCAAUUGUCUAAAUGAAUAUUCCAUCCAAAAGUUUGUGGAAUCUGUAAGCAUCAAACCAAAUUUCACCCAACUGAUAGCAGAAGAUUUGAAACUGAUUGAAAAGGAGCCUGAAUUGCGUAAAUAUUCAAAUGAUUUUAAACAAAAGGCAAAAGAUGCGAAGAAUAUUAAUCUAACAAAUGUGUGUGAUGAUAUCAAAAUUGAUAUGGAUCCAGCAUAUUUCAGUAAAGUUUAUAAUAAAAUGUUCGAAUAUGUAAAUGGCCCCAUAGAAAAUAAGCAAACCAAAAAACUGGGGCUGUGCAAUUUAAAUACUUUUAAGAAAUAUAUAAUUGAUCAAAUUGGAACUAAUACAAUGUAUAAAAGUGCCGAUCAAAUAGCUGAGGAAUGCAAAAAAGUUGUGGAUUUCUUUAGUGAAAGUUACACACAAAUUACAACAAAAUGCAUAGAUAGUAUCGAAAAAAUGGGAAAUUAUUAUUCAAGAGAUAAUAAGCAUAAUUUGAGUGCAAUUGUUGAUAGCUUGAAUGAAAUGUAUGCUGAUGAGCUUAAUGGUUAUGUGGAUAUGGUGGAGGAUGCACUAGCCAAUAAAGUUGGUCUGUGCCGCCGCCUCGCGGAUACGACAGAUGAUGAAAUGGAAUGCCAUGGAUAUGCACAUAUACUAAAUACUAUAUGGAGCGCUUUAAUGAUUUUACUCUGGCUUCUACUGCCUCUAAUCCCAAUAGCACUUUAUUUAGCUAGAUUAUAUGGUACGAACUGGCCGCUAAAAAAAUGUAGUUGCGUAAACAGAAAGUCAAGAGAGCAAGAACAAUCCAAUUGGAAAGGAGAUAGAACAAAUCAGGAAAAUCGUGCACAGAAUGGCCAGCCCAUGUACCGAAGGGGAAGAAUUAAUAAAAAAGUAGCGUGCAGCGAAGUACAGCAAUCUGAAAAUGUGUCAAGAGACUGCUAUGAAAAGUGUUCAGCUCUAGAAGAUAGAAGCAAUAGUGUUCAUCAUAACGUAGUGGUACAUGAGACAUGCAUACGGUUGUAUAAAGAAGAAAUACGAGAUGCACACAAACCUUCAACUUCAGAAAGUGUUUGCCACGCAAGAAAGGAAUCAACAUGCAAAUCGACGCCGCCGAAAAUAAAAACUGAAAAAUGUUUCAAUGAGGUAGAAGAUGCGCUAAUAUCUUCAACUCCACAAGAUGAAUGCCCUCACACUAAAAUGGAAUCAUCAUACAAGUCCACGCCUUCGGAAAAUGUAACUAAAAAAUUUAUCAACAAGAUAGAAGUUACAUAUAGGCCUUCAACUUCGAAAAGUAUAUGCGACACUAGAAAGGACUUAACAAGCAAGUCGAUGCCUCCGAAAAAGAUAACUAAAAAAUGUUUCAGUCAAGUAGCAAGUGGGUUAAGAAGCAUACCGGAGAAGGCUAGAACCCCAGUGUGCAGUGAGGAGCACUCAACAUAUAUGGGAAAGGAAUCAAUGGAAACUGCAGUACACACAAGGAACUCUAAUGCCAGUAAUAUUAAAAUACUCGAAAAGGCGAAUACCCCUGAAGAUAUGCAUAGGGAGCCAAGUAGUUCUGAAGAGAAAUGCCCUGGACGAUAUAGUAACGGCGAAGAGAUUAUACCAAGUACUUAUGAACCCUCAACUUCUACAAAGCAAACGACAAAUAAAUUGCAGAUAAAGAUACCAGAACAAGUGCAAGACCCGAAGGAAUUUGCGAAGAAGCGACGAGAGUGCAGAGAAAAAGUAAUCAAGGCCACUGCUUCUCUACAUAUAAUACAAUUUAGUAAAAAAUGA